AUGGGGUUUGUUACCUGGUGGGAGAAAUAUUAUUCGACCCGUUCAGUUGGAGACACUACUAUCAUGAUCUCCAGACUUGAGAGUGGUUUUACACAACCAACGGUCGAGAAUAUCCGCUCAAACCUUCAAGCUCGAGGCAAAACAAUCAUGACGAAGAAAAGUGUUGAAACGUCUCGAGCUGAUGUGAGACCCAAGAAACCCACUGGGGUGAAGAUCCAAGAAGGGAAACAAGAAGAGAAGAGUCAAAAGAAAGAUGAUAGCAUUGAUACUACCACGACUUCAAAACGCUCGAAGCAUGCGGUCGUCGAAUUAGACGAAGAGAAAGAUGAAGAAGAGGAAAGACCUCUUAUAAGAAAAAGAAAGUUACCUGCGACUUCGACCAAGUCUGCUGAACAAACAGAGGCAGGCAAUUCCCAGGCUCAAAUUCCUAAGAAGAAAAAGAAAGUGAAGCAGGUCGAGCCUGAACCUUCUGUGGCUGUUGAGGGUGGUGAGCCAAUCAAGAAGAAAAAGAAAAAGACCAAGCCUUCAAAAGAACAAGGUGACAAUCAACCUGUUGACGUCCAACCACCUUCGACCGAUAUUGACGGCACUGAAGUAGAGGCUACUCCUUCUAUUGCUGAGAUGGGCAACCCUGUCGAUCAACCGGACUUACCACAAGAACAACCUGCCGUCGAGGUACAACAAAAUGUUUCUGUAGAAGAAAUACCCUCACAUGCUCGAACAUCUCCCGCUCCUGAGACGGAUGCAGUGAAUGUUGAGGAACAGGGUGAAGGUCAAGGCAUUGGAUCCAGCAGUCCUCAUGGAUCGAGUCAGAAAAGUUCAUCCGAAGAAAACUUUUCCGAUGAAGAGGCCAUAAAAGAGGCUGAAGCUGGAGGUUCGGACAUUUACCCGGCGUCUUCAACAUCUAAGCUUUCCGCUAGCAUAGGGAUCGCAGAAGAUACAUUCAUUCAAAUGCAAGACGAAGACCCUGCUGCAGCCCUUCGACUCCUGCUGAACACAAGUCAAGCCAACACCUCAAGUGAAAAGAUUCCUGGUGCUUCGUCCUCAUCUGAUGCCGAAAUAAACUUUAGUACGCCAAGAUUCUCUGCUCUUGAAGUUAUCCAUGGAAUACGCACGGGAAGAUGUGCUUAA